UCCGCCGAUCUAGAAAACUUUCAACUAAGCUUGCGCCUGCGCGUCCAAAACCGCGUCACCACCAUUGACAUAUCGCUUUGACCGCAACGGUUCAACAUCCCAAACUUUACACAUAGCAUACAAUUCUCUGGUAAGGAGACAAAGCAAAACUCGACUACUUUUAAUUGUCCUACCGGGGCAACCCAAUCGCACAUAAUGGCAUCAGCCCCGACAACAUCAAACACACCGACGACCUUUCCCCGGUCAACCUUCGCAAAGCUCUCCCCGCACCCCUUCCUACUCGCCAACCUCGCCCCGACCGACAACUCUCACCCGCCGGCACGCACAAACGGCCGCGCCCAGACCGAGAGUCGCGUCGUCAACGUCAACACGGGUUCGCUGUCGCACGCACAGGGUAGCGCCGUCGUCCGCUGCGGCGACACCACCGUCAUCUGCGGCGUCAGGGCCGAGAUCCUGCCUGUGGCUUCCAUACCCAACUACCGCGCCCUCGAAGAUGACGCAGGCACUCUGGCGGCGGGCACCGAGAGGGGUCGGAGGGAGCUCAGGGACUACGACCUGCUGGUCCCAAACAUAGAGCUCGCCACCGGCUGCGCGCCGCAGUUUCUGCCGGGCGUGCCGCCCUCUACGCUCGCGCAGACGCUCAGCAGUCGCGUCUACUCGCUGCUGCACGCCUCGCACUUGUUGUCGGUCGACGACCUGCGCAUUGUGCACACGCCAGCGACGAGGAGCAGCAGGCCUGACGAUGGCGACGAGGCAAUGGAGGAGGAGGAGGACGACGACGACGACGGCAAGAAGCCAGAGACCAAGGCGUUUUGGACGCUCUUCAUCGACGUGCUCUUCAUUUCCUUUGACGGCAACCCGUUCGACGUGGCCUGGACGGCCGUCCUCGCCGCCCUGCGGGACACGAAGCUUCCGGCCGCCAAGUGGGAUGAGGACAGGGAGAUGGUCUUGUGCUCGCGACAGGCACCGGCCAAGCCGCUUGGCGUGAGCGGGUUUCCGGUCGCGUGCACGGCGGCCGUGGUGCGGCGGCGGCGCGACGACCCGGACGUGGCCGGCGAUCAGUACUGGGUGCUGGUGGACCCCGACCGGUCGGAAGAGGAGCUGUGCGACGAGUUCGUGUCGGUAGUCGUCGACAGCGAGGGUGGGGACGGUACCAAAAUCCUCAGCUUGCUCAAGCUCGGAGGCACCUCUGCCGGGAUGGAGUUUAUCAACCGGCUGGUUACACUGGCGGAGGGGAGGUGGAAGGAGAUUAGGGGAGCUAUGAGGUGAACAAAAAGGAGCCCUGCCGGAACAAAAAAAAGCAUGUAAACAAGAUAUGUGUUGAUGAUACCCUCGGAUUGCUAGAGUAAGACAAAAGCAUUCACUAUUGGAACCCAGUUCAUCACAACUAGAGCAUGCGUCACAGCCACUUUGCUCGAUCAUAAUCAUCACCACAGCGAUAGCUACCUGCCUGGGCCUGGGUCGAACAGGACCAUGACCUCACCGCCAA